GCCUCAGGUUCUCGUAGUACAUGCAAAAUUAAACCAGCCAUGGCUAAAGUUAAAUCUUUCACUCCUCUCCUUUUUAUUUCUUUUCUCCUGCUGGCUUCUUGCCUUAGCAGUUCUAAUGGGGAACUAUUCAAACCUAAUGUUACUAUAGCUAAUGGUCUGGAGUUUGGAUAUUACAGAUUCACAUGUCCUCAGGUUGACACUCUUGUGAGAAAUUAUCUGACGCAAGUUUACAGAGCGGACCCAGGGCAAGCAGCUGCAAUACUUCGUCUCCAAUCCCAUGACUGCUUUGUUCAGGGAUGCGAUGGAUCGGUAUUGCUUGAUAGAUCACCCGAGAGGAGUGAGAUUCCCAACAAGCACUUCAAACAACAGACAUUUCAGAUCAUAGAAACUCUCCGCCAAAUUGUCCACACUCACUGCGGCCGUGUCGUCUCUUGUUCUGAUCUUCUCACACUCGCUGCUCGUGAUGCCGUCUUCCUUACAGGUGGGCCUGACUUUACAGUCCCUUUAGGAAGGCGAGAUGGGGUAACAUUCCCAAGAGUAAACCAAACAUUUGAAGACCUGAUAGCUCCUACUGCUAAAACAACUGAAAUACUAACGAAGUUUGCUCGAAAAGGCUUGAAUCUUCUCGACACUGUAGCCCUCUCAGGUGCCCACACCAUCGGCAUCGCCCGUUGCAGCUCAUUCCGAGAACGUCUAUUUCCUACCAGAGAUCCUACCAUGGAAAUUUCCUUAUACGAGAAACUUAGGCCUUAUUGUGCUUUUCCAGAAUUCGACUCUCUAACUUGGUUGGAUUUUCGAUCCCCUUUCAAAUUCGACAACCUGUACUUCGUCGAUCUCAUAAACCGACAGGGCUUAUUUACUUCAGACCAAGAUUUGUUUGAAGAUCCAAGGACUAGAGGAACUGUUAUUAAUUUUGCUAAUAACGAAUUUCAGUUCUUCGCUAGCUUCGCGGGUGCAUUGAUCAAAAUGGGGACUGUGGGAGUGUUGACAGAUGGACAAGGGGAAAUUCGUGCCAGAUGUAACAUGAGGAAUUCUGAUUUCUUCAAUUUGGAAUCUGUAUUAGAAAAAGAUAAGAAUUCAUCCUCUGCAGCUAUUUAAUUAAUUGCUGCAAAGAGAUGCUGAAAUCUUUUCUUUUUUCCAACUUGUUUCUGGUUCUUACUAAUAAAAUAGUUGCAUCUACUAAUUUUCAA